AUGGCGGAUACCGACAGCGCGAUCCACUUGCGGUCGCUUUCAAGGCCUCCAACGGGGUCAGAUCCAGACCAUAGCUCCCAAGACGAAACACCGAGGCACUCCUCUCGAUAUCUGCCCGAUGACUUGGCUCCAGGGCAUGACCAGCACGACGACCUUCCGGCAUACUCGCGGGCUCCCCCAGCCAAUCAAUCACCGGGACAAGGUCACAGCACGACACUCCAUCGCUCUGGCCUCAUUUUAUUCUUCACAGUCCUCUUCGCAGCCUCAGCCGUUUAUUCUUGGGCUAUACUUGCGAUUCUCUCAUUUCGCCCUCUCAGCACUCGCUCGUGGCAGGAAGAUACGAGCUAUAAAGGCCGACACAGUAAAAAUCUUGGGUGGGGUUAUGAUGCCAGGCUCUAUCGCUCGGCUAGAGUGAUUCAGUCCAUUCUCAGUGUGGUCAUUCUGCCAUGGACAUCAGCUGUAUGUGCCCACGCUGCGGUGAUAUAUAUGCAGCAUCAAAAAGACAGUAUGGGAUUGACGAUGCGACAAGUCAUGGCUCUUGCAGAUCGCCGAUGGCUGGAUAUUUCAUGGUUGUCUGAUGCAUUCGGUGGCUCUUGGAAACAGAAUGGAAGCGCUCUGCUGGUUCUGGCAAUAAUGCUUCACUUUCUCGGUGCUAUCAUUUACCCAAUCCAGUCUAUUGUUGUUAAUCCGAAGAUCAUUCAUGUUCCGGUUUCCAUCAAUCACAUGGGCUCAGUUGGCGAUCUUACCAAGCAGUCAUCUUACUAUGAUAGCACCGCUGGCAGUGACGUUGUAAAGACUCGCGCUGCCCUUCUCAAUACGGACGUGCAUACAUAUCAGCCACAGCUGUGGCAAAGGAUGCAAGGCCAGCAGCUCUCCAACUUCAAGAAUUUCUCUGCGAUGACUGAUCCAUUCUAUGCUCAAAUCCCGAGCGGCUUCCACACUGGAGUUCUACAGCAAUUCGCCCCGCGCAUCAAUUCAUCUGCGACUUCCAGGUCCAUACAGGCCGACGAAUUCCCGUCUGGGUGUAAUCAAAAUUCCUCCGGAUUUUUUGCUAAUUAUUCAUCCCUUUUCGUGGACGGAUCUGUCCAGGAAACCUGGGCGGUUACCGCCUGUAUGCCAAAUGUUACGUCAAAGUCACCUUGGGUACAAACUCGAAAUCGCCAAGACUUCUCUGAAUUGCUCUAUCUCAACGUUUCUGUCCAGGAUUCAAGCCUCGAAACAAAAGGGUUGCCCGCUAGCGGUGCCUUGUAUGAGAUCAAUUUGCGGACCACUGCCGGUUAUUUUGAGCUACCCAACUUCAUGAACAACGGGACGCCAGGCCCUUUGCUUGAAAGCGACCCGACUCCCAAUUGUGGAAUACACUGUAUGGAGCAAACUGACGACUACUCAUUCUACCGACGUGCUCGUCGGGAUGAGAACAUUAUUGGAAACGCAACCAAUUACAUCGCUCAAGACGUUCCGUGGUUACCAUUAUUUUUCGACAAUAAGGGGCCACUGUUGACCACAGCACUCGCCCUCUUUGGGCCGGGCUCAUUCCUGGAAACUCUUUUCGGUUCGUUGAACGUUGUCCAAAGCAGCUUAGAAGGCUCUGGUGUUGAAGACGACUACUAUGAUAGCACCGCUUGUAUUGACCUUGCGCCUUUGAUGAAUUUGUUCUCCGCCACCCAGGGACAGUAUAUUACACAGGACACUUGUGUUUCCAUUUACUUCAAUUCCUACUCUGCCAGCUACAACAACGCCCACUAUCUGGUGGCAAAAUGGCUCUUGGCCAUAUACACAUCGGCAUGGAAUCAUCCAAACAUUUUUACGACGGCUGCUUUCGUGUCGAACAAGCAGUGGGCGGAAUCAAUGGAGCCUAUUUACGGGAUUUAUCAAGACCCCGGGCUUGAAAUGGAGAUCCCAGACAUCAGUCUUGCCGGUGUGAUCGUGGUCAGCAUUUUUCUGGGACCGUAUCUCUUACUCUUACUUGCGCUCUGUUGGUACGGGAGUUGGGCCCCGCGAUGGACUCACCGACUUGACUCGUUUGUUAUGCUUCGUUUCGGGGCCGCGCUUGGGGAUGGUGUCUUCCCGAUGCUUUUCGCGCAUGACAUGAAGGGGAUUAAAGAGCUUGACGAGAUUCCAGGUGUGAUUAGAGAUGUCGGUCCUAUCACGGACAAUGCGAUCAUUCCAAUCAAUCGAAUGGGCUUGUGGGGUGGGAAGCCACUGCAGAAUCUUCGAAGAUAUGAAUGCCAUGAAGCCGACAAUGAAGCUAUGACAUUAGAGGAGGUAAAUCAGGUACGGCGUGGUGGUGCGGGAAGUGGUCCAGUUGGUGGUCGAGUGAUAUAA